CUUCACUUGUUGCGUCUGCUGAUAUUGUUACGCGGGGGGCGUGAGUGUAGUGCGGGGGAACGUCGCUUACUCAAAUUCUACUUUUGAGUAGCAAUAAUUAUCACUGCCUCUCUUCCCGGAGGCUUGGUUAGCAUUACUCAUGCGGAAACAUGCAGGCUUCAAUUCUGAUCCCCGCACCAUGUCCGAAUCGGUUAUAGUUAGUGUUCCGGACACCAAACAGCUGAUCGACCAGGAUGACAGUGGAGAUGAGGUUCAGAAUCAGGAUCAACUCGAUGCAUCUUCCUCAAUACCGGUGGCUAUUCCUAAGAACAGUUCUUGGUCCCUUACUCAGUCAUGUUCGUGUCCUGCACAAACGCAUUUCGCGUCUUGUGGAAGAAACACGGAUGGAGUCUAUGGGUCUCUUCCGUCUACCUCUAUUCCAGACCCCGGUCGUGAAGGGAAAAGUAUAAUUUACUGUGUUCACGGAAAGCCCAGUGGUUGUUGUCUAGUUACCAAAGCAGAGGUUGUGGAGAGCACAACAUUUGGUGUACCUUUGAUUGAACACUGUCAUAGAGGUAAGCGGAAAGAAGUUGACAUCAAAGCUAGGAGACAACUUAUCAUCGCCACAGUUCUUUGCACUCUCUUCAUGAUAGCUGAAAUUGUUGGUGGAAUCUUGUCACACAGCUUGGCUAUUGCAACUGAUGCUGCACAUUUACUAACUGAUAUAACAUCAUUUUGUAUAUCUCUUUUUUCACUAUGGGUUGCAAAUCGCCCAUCAACCCGCAAAAUGAAUUUUGGGUGGUAUCGAGCUGAGGUCAUUGGUGCCCUUACAUCUGUGUUGCUUAUAUGGGUAGUGACUGGAAUCUUAGUUUACAUGGCCAUUUUAAGAAUUGUAAACAAAGACUUUGAAAUUGAUGCAACAGUAAUGCUUAUAUCAUCAGCUCUUGGUGUUGUAGUGAAUUUAAUCAUGGGUAUUGCUCUGCAUCCUGCCCAUGGACAUAGUCAUUCUGGAUCUGGUGCUCACAGUCCACGACACAGUCAUGGUUCCAAUCUUACUGUGGAGAGUGAAGGUUCCAUGCCUCAAGCUUCUCAAUGUAGGAAGCAGAAUCUUAAUGUUCGAGCAGCCUUUAUUCAUGUUAUUGGUGACUUCAUUCAAAGUAUUGGUGUACUGAUUGCUGCCCUCAUCAUAUAUUUCAAGCCAAAUUGGAUAAUAGUUGACCCCAUCUGUACAUUUAUCUUUUCUGGUUUGGUGCUCAUUACAACAAUAGCAAUUAUCCGUGAUACUAUUGUUGUUUUAAUGGAAGGUAUUCCGAGAGACGUUGACUUCAAUGCAGUUCUUGACACUUUUAUGAAAAUUGAUGGUGUGGUUAGGGUCCAUAAUCUUCGUAUUUGGGCUUUAAGUCUUGAAAAAACUGCUCUCUCAGCUCAUCUAGCAAUCCGUCCAGGAGUUCAUCCGAAUACAGUGCUGAAGACUGCCACACAAAACAUUCAUGCCAAUUUUAAUUUCUUUGAACUCACUUUGCAAAUUGAGGAAUUCCACCCAAAUAUGGAGAACUGCGAAGAAUGUCAUGAUCUCAGUGACCAGUAAUGUUUUAAAUAGAUUUCUAUUUUUAAGUAGGGAGUUGGCCUUGGGACUGUCUUGUAACUACUGAAUGCUCAGUGAGUGGUAUAUUUUUCUAAGUAGUAGUAUGGUAGAGUGAUGGUAGAGCUUGUACCAUGAUAUGUAAAACAUAUUUAAUGAUGCUCUUCGGGAUCUCAAGAUGUGCUUCUUAAUAAACAAUAUAGAUACACAUCCUGUUAAAAAAAUUGCAUAUUGUGUAGUAUAUUUACUUUUAUAUUUUUUCUAAUUAUUUCUUCUGCGACAAAGCAUUUAAUGCCCAGAGUGGAUAUUAUUCAACACAAAGUAAGAACGGGCUGUGAUCAUUGUUUCUACCAUAAGGUUUGCUCAAAAUGACAACAAUUUUUAUCUAACUAUUCUACUUUUAAAAACAAUUUUGUCACAUUUUUUUUAUUUUUUGCUUAUUCACUAUUUACCCUCUGUAUUGAAAUUUGUUUGAAAUGCUUGUUAAGUGCAUAAUAUUUUUCAUUGGUAAAGUAUCGUUAUUUAUGCAAUAAAACUAAAUAGUCAACCAUAA